AGCCGUAUGUGUUGCGAGGCUACCUGUUUACAGAAGUGGCACCCUUCACACUACACGACUGCAUAAUGUCAUUGCCGGUCAGCUUCACCGCCCCGCGAGCUGCGACCGAGGCUUCGGAUGACACUGAGUCUCGCGUUGGUGGGCAGUUCGGCGUCAGCUCUCUGGCGGACACCAUGGCCGAGAUUGACGGAGAGGUUGCCCCCCUCACGUGCGGCUUCCGCGUGCACUUGAAGAAGCCGCUCCCACCGAACGCGGAUGCCAUGGAGCGGUUGGCUCUGGUCGUUUCUGAUGGACUGGUGAAGAAGGCGAGGGCCGAAAACAACGGCCGCACGAUCUAUGGCACCCUCCUGGACGAACUGCAGUACGACGCCUUUCAGGAGGAGGCCGCGUGCCUCGGGCGAGUGGAGAAGGAGGAGGCGUCCCAGCACGCGGAGCAGCGCGCCUUCGACGCUCGCUUUCGUGCACAGCGCCAGGCGGAGGCAGCGGCUGUUCUCCUUCCAGACCGGGCGACUCCUGUGAUCGAAGCCCUUGCCGCGCUGCGCGGCGACGGUGGCAGCGAACGUUCUAAAAGGAGGUUCGCUGACUGCGGCAUGGAGGUGCUGGCAACGGGGCAGCGGGUGGCCGCGUCUUCGAACAAGAGGGCGCGCCAGAGCUUAGAGGAGUAAAAGGGCAGCGGGUUUCUAGUGUCAGCAGCCGUCUGGCGACUUCUUGCGAGCGUGGGCAGUUUUUUUCCUGUUUCGCGGUGUAGCUUGGCGCGGCCUGCGGCAGUGUGCGGCACUAUCGCGAUUGGUUGCGCAUUAAUUCCUCGUGCCCUGGCCGCUGUAUAUCGUGGCUGUGUCGAUGAUCAGGGAACCAGUGCAGUGGAGGGGGGUGUCAGGGGCAACUUGCGCGGGUGCUGAUGCGGCUUGCAUGCUGUGUACAAACGGGCGAACCCGAGCCUAACAAUCGGGUCAAAGGUCACAACAGCGGUGGCAGCAUUUUUAAGUAUCCCUCGCGCAGAGCGCACUCGCAUGAGAAGUCGCGGCGCCUGCUAGCCUCGGCCUCUAUGUUAUUUUCUAUUGCCAUGGGCUGCGUGGGCCGCGUAGAAUGGGGUUACUCAGGCCGAGGAAUUCGGUCAAGGAUAAGCUCCCGAGAGACUGCGUCG